AGGCGCUACCUAUAAUGUCACAAUAUUUUACGGGUAAACACGCCCAGCGAGUAGAGGCAUUAUCUGGGGAGAGCAUCAUCGAUAAGAUUAACCUCUCCUCGCUACGAUAUACCUGCUAAAACUCUACAAUAACCAACCUCAGUUGACCGGUUUCAUAAUGGAAGACGACGUGGGCACUUUGAAAAUUCGGCCGCUCUCGCCCGAAUUGCUGGAGUACGCGAUCAAAAAAUUGAAUGAAGAUCCGAAGAGGCGUGAGGCGGACGUGAAGGCGAUCAGAGAAUGGCUUAAAAAGCAGACGCACAUCAUUGCUGACCCCAGCGACCAGUUGAUUGUGUCCUUUCUCAGGGGCUGCAAGUGGAGCUUAGAAAAGACAAAGGUGAAGCUGGACAUGUACUACACCAUGAGGACAAUGGCACCAGAGCUAUUCAAGAAUCGAGAUUUGAACAAAGAUGCAAAGCUCAGAGAGAUCAUUGACAACACCUAUUUCUUCCCAACUGGCUACGAUUUUGAAGGACGUAAGGUCUACAUGAUGGUGAUUGGCAAGGAUGAUCCAGAGGGAAAAAUUAGAAUGGAGGACGUGAUCAGGAUGAACUUUGUAAUGAUGGAUUACAUGGUCAUGCAUGAUGAUGAAACCAUCGUCAAAGGUAUCGUCCAAGUUGGGGAUUUGGCAAUGAUGAAAAUGGCAUACGCCACCCAAAUGAUGCCAAGCUUCAUGAAAAAAAUAAACGUUUGUUUUGAGGAAGGAUAUCCGUUUCGACCGCAAGCAAUGCACAUGAUCAACAUGCCCUCGUUCUUCGAAAAAGUCAUGAAGUUUUUCCAGUCGUUCCAGAAGGAGAAAAUAACCCGCAGACAAGCAAUAUACGGGAGCAAUUGGGAGAAAAUGUAUGAAACAGUUCCUAAGAAAAUAUUGCCCAAUGAGUAUGGUGGCGAGGCAGGAACAAUCGAUAGCCUGAGCAAGAAAUUCGCCAAGGAACUGCUCGAGUUCAACGAUUGGCUUAUUGCUGAUGAGAAAAAUGGUGUAGACGAGAAAAAGAGGAUCGGAAGAGCGAAAACCAAAGAAGAUUUAUUCGGCAUGGAAGGCUCGUUCCGCCAACUUGAAUUUAUGCUAAAGAUUGAGCGCAACAAGGAGGCUUCACUUGGAGAUAACAAAAAUCAUUGGCUGUACAGAGUGCAAGUUCUGUUAAGAUUAUAUAAGCCAAAGUCAAUAUGCGACAGCUAUCGAAUAAAACGAAAAAGAGAGUCGGCUAGCAUGGCAAGCCAAGUUCAAUGUCGCGAGUUGAGCCCGAAACUUCUGGAAAUAGCGAAAAAAGAGCUCAAUGAAGACCCAAAGCGGAGAGCCACAGAUGUGCAAGCCAUCAGGGACUGGCUCAAGAAGCAGCCGCACAUUAUUGCAAAGCCGGAUGACCUGACCAUCCUCACCUUCCUCAGAGGGUGCAAAUUCAGUCUGGAGAGGACCAAGGAGAAGCUGGACAUGUACUACACCAUGCGAACAAUCGUGCCGGAAUUCUUCGCAUCGCGUAGCGUGAAGGAAGGGGCCUUGCGCGAAAUACUGUUGAACGGAGCAUAUCUUCCUUUGCCUAUACCAGACGAAAACGGAUGCAGAAUACUCCUGUCACGACCAGCGCUGGUGAACGUGGAAAAAUACUCAAUGGAGCUAUUUUUUAAAGUUGUGUUCCUGGCCAUGGACUACUUGAUUAGAGAGGACGAUCAGAUGGUGGUGUGCGGAGUUUCUGCCAUAAUAGAUCUUGAAAACGUCACCCUUCCACAUGGGUUGCAAAUGACUCCGGCCUUAAUCAAGAAGGUCAUGACUUGCUCGCAGGAAGGUUUUCCGCUGCGUGAAAAGGGAGUCAAUUUUCUGCAUACACCGCCUAUGUUUGAAACGAUUUUCAAUUUCUUCAAAAGUUUCAGCAAAGAAAAACUGAAGAAAAGGCUUCAUGUGCAUGGGGAUGAUGUGGAGUCGCUGCAUAAAAUCAUACCACAGAAGUUGUUACCAGCCGAGUAUGGAGGAACGGCCGGAACUAUUGACGAAAUCAAAAAUGAUUUUAUAAAACGUUUAGAAGAACGUGAAGCGUGGUUUUUGGAGGAAACUGGAGGAGUUGACGAGAAAAAGAGACCAGGAAAGCCAAAAACGCAUCAGGAGCUGUUUGGCUUGGAGGGUUCCUUCAGGCAGCUUAGCGUGGACUGAUUGUAUUUUAAUCUGUGCUUGAAUUUAAUAAAUAAAAGCUAAAAUUUAACGUCA